AUGACGACGCGUCCUCGCGGUCGUCUUUCGCGCGUCCUUUUCGCGCGUCUUCUUCUUCUUCUUUUGUUUUUGUUUACCACGAACGCGUUUGCGGCGAUGCGAGAAGAAGAUGAAGACGACGACGCGAACAACAACAACGUGGGGUUGGAAUUCGAGGUGGAGAAAGACGACGAGAUGGAUGUGAACGAAGACGAAGACGGAACGAAGAACGACAUGGAAUCGUACGCGUUACAAUUGGACGAUUUUACCGGGGAAAUUUUGAAACCUCCACGGCAAAAGCUACGACAGGAACCGGAGUGGAUGAGCGCACUCGCGAGUGUCCCUGGCAAUUGUAGUAAGAAAGGAGGCAACGGAAGAGACGAAGACGAAGACGACGAGGUGUCUUUACAUCGCAUGCCUUUACGCUUACCGACGAAUCGAAUUCAGUUGAAAGACGUGUUCGUCACGAGAGAGAAUUAUAAACGAUUAGGUUUUGGAGGGAUAAAGAGGUACUACGCGCUCCCUCCGAACGCCGGGGCGAUCGCGAAGAAGUACCGUUGGAAGAGGUGCGCCGUGUUGGGGAAUUCGGGGACGCUUUUGGACGCGUCGUUUGGAGGCACGAUUGACUCGCACGACGUCGUGUUUCGGAUGAACCAGGCGCCGGUGAAAGGGUACGAGUUACACGUGGGGAAAAAGUCGACGUUUCGAGUGUUGAAUUCGUUGUGGUCGCACAGGUAUUCGCACGGGUACGCGCCUUGGGAUCCGGGGUAUCAGAACCUGCCGUUGGAGAAGGACGUAACGUUGAUUUUGACGCGCGUAGACGCGACGAUUUUCAACGAGAUGCACGAAUUUUGGAGGAAAAGGAGACCAGAUAUUACGCUGCUGAUUUUAUCGAGUAAAGUGAUUAACAUUAUUCGACAGACGUUGGUUGAUUAUCGGUCGAGAUUGUGCGCGGCUGGGGUAGAAUCCGCCGGUGGUCCCGGUGGGAACACGCCCAGUUCUGGAUGGGUUUCCGUAUACGCCGCCAUGCAGCUGUGCGGCAAAGUGAACGCGUACGGGUUUGGGACCAAAGUAGCUGGAGCUGGAGAAAACGGAGCGAGCAAAGAGGUUUCUUACCACUAUUACACGGGCAUGGCGGCGAGAAAGUUUGGCACGGACGUGCACUCGUUCGAAAGCGAGAAAAUGUUGAUUGAACAUUUAGAUCGAUCGAAGAAAAUCACGUUGUGCACAUCCGCGGGAAGUAAGGAAGAUAGCAACAAAAAGCAUCGCAGAGGCUUCAUGCCAGUAGACGCGCAGUGCGGGAAAGCUUAG